AUGACAAAUGAAUCCAAAAAGCCAAAUUCACCCGGUCCAAGUGAUCCAGCAUUUUCCCUACAAAAACAUCAUCACCGGAAAGCUUUUGAAUACAUUUCUAAAGCUUUGAAAAUAGAUGAAGAAACACCAGGUAAAAAGAGUCAUGCUGCAGCUAUUGAGUUUUAUAAAAGAGGUAUUAUAGAGUUAGAGAAGGGUAUAGCUGUUAUAGUCCCUGGUCAAGGUGAUUCUGUAGAGAGAGCAAAAAGACUCAAAGAUAAAAUGUUAACUAAUUUAGUCAUGGCAAAAGAUAGGCUGGAAUAUUUGGGUAUUGUUAUAUGUUGUAUUAUUUUGUUAACAGAGAAACAAUUACGAGAAUUCAAUGAUAGGGUGGCAGAAGCUGAAACCACAGACACUGGCCAAGGCCAACAACCUUGCUCCAGUACGACUGAUACACAUAUCAGACAACGCAAUAUAGCCGUCCACAAGAGUAGUACGUUACCAAAAAACCAUCGUUCAUUUGGUGCUGCUGGUAGUAGUAAUAAUAGUACUUCCCCACGACAUACUAGUACCUAUAGUCAACGUAAACUUUCUCAGCCAGAAGUAAGUAAUGUAAAGAGUAAAAGAAAUAUAUCUCUAUCUGGUUUAAAGAAUAUAGAUAAAAAAUUAGUUAAUACUAUAUUGAAUGAAGUUGUUGAUCAGGGACCAACUGUCAGUUUUAAAGAUAUCGCUGGACAGGAAAUAGCUAAACAAGCUUUACAAGAAAUAGUUAUAUUACCAGCUCUUAGACCAGAGUUAUUUACUGGUUUAAGAGCUCCAGCUAGAGGCUUGUUAUUAUUUGGUCCACCAGGAAAUGGUAAAACUAUGUUGGCUAAAGCUGUGGCUAAUGAAUCCAAUGCUGUAUUUUUUAAUAUAAGUGCUUCAAGUUUAACUUCUAAAUGGGUGGGUGAAGGUGAGAAGUUAGUUCGUGCUUUAUUCUCUGCUGCUAGAGAACUUCAACCAGCUGUUAUAUUUAUGGAUGAAAUCGACUCGUUACUUUGUGAAAGAAGAGAAGGGGAAAAUGAUGCUAGUCGAAGAUUAAAAACUGAAUUUUUAGUGCAAUUUGAUGGGGUAAAUAGUGAAGCAGAAGAUAAAAUAUUAGUUAUGGGAGCAACAAAUAGACCUCAGGAAUUAGAUGAUGCUGUCUUGAGACGAUUUGCAAAAAGAGUAUAUGUAGCUAUGCCUAAUGUUGAUACUAGACGUAAGAUGUUAGCUAAUCUAUUAGUUAAACAUGAUAAUCCUUUAACAUCUAGAGAACUAGAUAAACUUUCUAGGUUAUUAGGGAAAAACAAUAAUUCCAAAGUAUAUUACUCUCAAAAGCACUGGAAAUGGCAUCAGAAUAUUUUCUACCCAACGCUUUCUAUCCUCAAUUACCUUCAAUUUCAGGUUCGUAAUAUGCAGAUGUCUGAUUUUACGGAAGCUUUGAGAAGAAUAAGAAUAAGUGUUCCCCCCGAUUCCUUACUGAAAUUUGAAAAAUGGAAUGAAGAAUAUGGUGAUGUUACGAGGUCUUGA